UCAUAUAAACUUCCCUCAUCUUCUACCUGUGUAUAAAUGCAGUGUUUCCCCUGAGUACACUGAGCUGUUUGGUCUGAUCUGAAGGACACAGUGCAAAAUGACGACACCAGGUGCUCUAUUAUUUCUCACGCUGAUCCACUUCAUCACUGGACAAGUCUCGGGUGAUGGUAACUCUACAAACCUUAUCCCUUGGACCUCGAUCUUCAAAUGCGGUUUGAAAAACUGUCCGUUCGGCCAAGACUGCCUCAUCGUAAGUGGCACCCAGAUGUGUGUCGACCCCUGCGACCACUACACCAUUCUAAACAACCCCAAGCGAUCCGUAUCCUACACUCGGUACCCUGAUGUGUCUGUCAACGACUGCAAUGUCAAAUGGGAAGGCUGGCAUCGUCUGCUUUUGGGAGGCCUUAGUGCCAAGAUGCCUGAAGAUUGCGUGGAGGAAUACAUGUGCGGAACAUUCUACCCGCUGUGGCUCAAUGGCCGACAUCCCCGUCCAGAAGAAGGUGUGGUACCAUCCAAAAUCUGCGGGGUCAGUGGAAGGAGCUGUUGUCAUUACAACUCCAAUGACAUCCACGUCAAAGCCUGUCCUGGAAAUUUCUUCAUCUACAAGUUUGUGGUUCCCAAUGUCUCUCCAUCUGCAUACUGCGCACUUGUGCCAACUGUCCCCUCAACGAUUCCACCGACGAUUCGAACCAGAACAACCCGAGCACCAGACACGACGACAUACGCAAAACCUACAAGUGCAACUACAACACCAGAACCUGGAACAACAAAAAGCCUUGAUGAAGACACUGUUAUGACCCCACCUGAAUCCAACACAAUGACUCCCUUAACUGACACGACAACAGCCCAAAAACCCGGCACUACAACAAGUAGCCCAGUCCCUUCCCCUGCCACACCCCAAAAAACAACUCCUGCCCUUAAAACAGAUCCUGUCACAGAGCCAACAACCAUCUCAAUGAUAGAGUUAGUAUGCGAACGCAGCCUCUUCCGGGUGGUUGUCGUCACGUCUCAGCUGCUGACCGUCGGUCUGGAUGCUUCAUCUGUUCACCUGGCUGACCCUACCUGCUCCGCCCACGGUGAGGUAAAUGGAGUGGUGUGGUGCCAAGUGGAGCGCAAGGAGGGCAGCUGUGGAAACACACUGAAGACAAACGGGACCCACGCCAUCUUCUCCAACUAUUUAUUUCUCUACCCGUUGGCCCGUGGCGCCUUUCUGCCACGCCCAGUUAGGAUCCCCUUCUCCUGUGUCUACCCUAUGGUUGCAGAGACCAGCCUGGACGUGGCGCUCAGACCUCACCUGUCCACGGAGGGUGCUGGUCUGGUGGGCGUGGGCUCCACGGCCAUCGCAUCCAUGUCUCUGUACCGUGACUCCAACUACACCAACACUUUCCCCGUUGGUCAGAGGGUCGUUGUGCCUCUUGGUUCUCCGCUGUACGUUGGCGUGUCCGUGAAUGAGACCGAAACGGAACGUUUCGUGACCGUCCUGGAUGAUUGCUACGUAACUCACUCCCCCAGCCCCUACGACCUCAUGCGAUACUAUCUCAUUCAGGGCAAGUGUGCCAGCGACCGGCGUCGGGUGGCGGUGGAGGAGAGCGGCUCGUCCCUCAAAGCACGCUUCUCAGCACUGCUGUUCCUGUACUGGGGGGACUACCAGGACGUCUUCCUGCACUGCCGUCUCAGCCUGUGUGACCGGAGGAGGGUCGGCUUUUGCACUCCGAUGUGUUUGAGAAGGACGUCCCGCUCUGUUUCACAGGCCAUCCCCUUAAAGCCUCUCACCAUUGGACCAAUUGCCUGGGACCAGUAUGAAGUGAGUGACAAUUACAAUCACUGACGAGGGGUCGUCAAGGCAUUCCUUGUAGGUCGCUUGGUAUAUGCCAAUAUUGUGGGUUUGAUUCCCACAGGGGGUAUUAAGUCAAGAAAGUAUAAAAAUGCAGUUACUCUUGAUAAGUGCAUCUACUAAAUCACGUGCUGGAAAUUUCUGUUCAAGAGACUGCAACACUACAUGUAUGUUAGAAUAAGGAAUCACAUUUACAAAUUUUAGAGCAUCUCACUUUCCUGAAAAUGCCAGCUAUCUGAAAGUCCCCUUGCUGCCUUUGUCAUUUUGUUCUUGUUAUUAACACACACGGGAUA